AGGAGAGGAAAGGCGUUCUUGGAAGCAGGGAAGAGGGAGGAAAAUAACACGGCCUCUUCUCAGGGGACAUGUGUGUCACAUUCUGGCCAAGACAUCUAUUGGGACAGUCCCAUGACACUAACGCCUGAGUUUUCAUUGGAACAUUUACAAAGUAUGCAAAAUGAUCAAACUGCUACACACUAGAGAUGGGUAGAAGUGGAUAAUCUUCUAACUGAUUAUAUUUCAUCUUGAUCAGUGAUUUUUUAAAAUGCUAUCCACGGACAUGAGCACUGUUGUCAGCAUUCGUUUGUUUCUUCAGCACCGCAUGUGAAGAUCCCUUUGUUCGCCUGCUGAAAGAGUAUUCGGAAUUGUCUCUAUAAAAAAAGAUCAAACUCUGCAGGGAUAAUCGUGAAAAUGCCAUAAUAAGUAUCCAUUUCAAGUCAGAAUUUCUUUUCCUUUUUGUACAAAAUUGUCACGCAAAAGUCCAGGACAGGGUGCCACUCUCAGUCUUCAAAGAGAAAGAUAAGAAAAUCCUGGAUUUUCAAAGUCCCUUUGAAGGCUUUUAAGAACAGCCGCUGAUUAAUAUUCCUAAAGAAAAUGAAGAUAAUUAUAUAUUUUUGCAUUUGGGCAAUAGCAUGGGCCAUUCCAGUUCCUCAAAUCAAGCCAUUGGAGAGGCAUGCCAUUGACAAAAGUGUGAACUUAAAUCUUCUAGCAAAAUCGAAAGCGCCAGUACAGGAUGAGUUAAAUGCCAAUGAUACCACCAAAGGAAGUGGCAUCCCCAUGCAUGACCAUGACAUAGGAAGGCAGCAGGAUACCAAAGAUGGUUACAAAGGAGAGAGAAAUGGCUCUGAGUGGGCAGACGUGGGAGGGAACAGUUCUUCUGCACGUCCCAUGUUAGCAAACAAAGAAGAGAACACGGAGGAUCCGAAUGGGGACGCAGGACAACCAGAACCAUAUGGCCACGAUGGGCUCCAUGGACGAGGGGACAGCAGCCCCGCAAAUGGCCUCAGAGGGCAAGUCAGCAUUCUUGACAACACUGGCACAGCAAAUGGGAGCCAUGUUAAUGGGGUUACUGAUAAGAAUUCAAAAAACGAGGAUGUUGGAAAUGCAAGUCAGAGUGAGAAUGCCACUGUGGUCCCGGAAGAUAGAUAUCAAGUAGCUGGAAGCAAUAACAGUAUAGGUCAUGAAGAUGAAAUAAAUGGGAAUUUCUGUAGAAAUGGGGGAGAUGUAAGUGAAACAACACCUCCAGGAGAAGGUGAGAUAAAUGGGAAUGAAGAGACAGGGGUAACAUCUGGGGGAAGUGGAGCUGGCAAUAGAGAAUUUGCUGGCCUGGAUAAUUCUGAUGGCAGUCCCAGUGGGAAUGGAGCAGAUGAAGAGGAAGACAAGGGCUCUGGGGACGAUGAAGGUGAAGAAACGGGGAAUGGAGAGAGGACUGCUGAUACCAGCAAGGGCCAGGAGAAUCCGAGUCAUGGAGAGGAGGAGGCGGAGGAGGAGGACGACGACCAUAGCUUAGGUCAAAAUUCAAUUAGUAGUGAAGAUGAGGGCCCUGGGCACAAAGAAGCUGCCCAUGCCACUGACGGAGACAACACCUCCAAGAGUGAGGAAGAUUCUGACAAUAUUCCAGGAGAAAGCCGUAGCCAAAGGAUAGAGGACACCCAGAAACCCAAUCAGAGAGAAACCAAAGCUGUGGCAAAUGGAGUCACUGCAAUAUCAGAGCCCCUUGCUAUUGGGAAGAGCCAAGAUAAGGGAAUAGAAAUUGCAGCUCCCCGCAGUGGCAACAGAAGCAAUAUCACCAAAGAGGCUGGGAAAGUCAGUGAAGACAGAGAGAGUAAAGGCCAACAUGGAAUGAUUGUGGGCAAAGGAAGUGUCAAGACACAAGGCGAGGCUGACAUCAUGCAAAGACCUGGCCCCAAAUCAGAACCCGGAAAUAAGCCUGGACCCAGCAAAACACAUAGCGACAGUAACAGUGAAGGAUACGACAGUUAUGAGUUUGAUGGUAAAUCCAUGCAAGGAGAUGAUCCCAACAGCAGUGAGGAGUCUAAUGGCAGUGAUGAUGCCAAUUCUGAAGGUGAUAAUAACCACAGUAGCCGAGGAGAUACUUCUUAUAACUCUGAUGAAUCAGAUGAUAAUGGCAAUGACAGUGACUCCAAAGAAGAAGCUGAGGAGGAUAACACAUCAGAUGCGAAUGAUAGUGACAGUGAUGGCAAUGGUGACAAUGGGAGCGAUGACAGUGGCAAAUCAGGCAGCAGCAAAGCUGAAUCAGAGAGCAGCCAGAGCAGUGAGAGCAGUGAGAGCGACAGCAGCGACAGCAGCGACAGCAGUGAGAGCAAUGACAGUAGUGAGAGUAGUGACAGCAGUGACAGCAAAUCAGAUAGUAGUGAAAGCAGUGACAGUAGUGACAGCAGUGACAGCAGCGACAGUAGUGACAGCAGUGACAGCAAAUCAGACAGCAGUGACAGCAGUGAUAGCAGUGACAGUAGUGACAGCAGUGACAGCAGCGACAGUAGUGACAGCAGUGACAGCAAAUCAGACAGCAGUGACAGCAAAUCAGACAGCAGCGACAGCAGUGACAGCAGCGACAGCAGUGACAGUAGUGACAGCAGUGAUAGUAGUGACAGCAAAUCAGACAGCAGUGACAGCAGCGAUAGCAGUGAGAGCAAAUCAGACAGCAGCGACAGCAGUGACAGCAGUGAUAGCAAGUCAGACAGUAGUGACAGCAGUGACAGCAGCGACAGCAGUGACAGCAAAUCAGACAGUAGUGACAGCAGUGAUAGCAGUGACAGCAAAUCGGACAGUAGUGACAGCAGUGAUAGCAGCGACAGCAGUGAUAGCAGCGACAGCAGUGACAGCAAAUCAGACAGUAGUGACAGCAGUGACAGCAAAUCGGACAGUAGUGACAGCAGUGAUAGCAGCGACAGCAAUGACAGCAAAUCAGACAGUAGUAAUAGCAGUGAUAGCAGUGACAGCAGUGAUAGCAGCGACAGCAGUGACAGCAAAUCAGACAGUAGUGACAGCAGUGACAGCAAAUCAGACAGUAGUGACAGCAGUGACAGCAGCGACAGCAGCGACAGCAAAUCAGACAGUGACAGCAGUGAUAGCAGUGACAGCAGUGAUAGCAGCGACAGCAGUGACAGCAGUGACAGCAAAUCAGACAGUAGUGAUAGCAGUGAUAGCAGUGACAGCGACAGCAAAUCAGACAGUAGUGACAGCAGUGACAGCAAAUCAGACAGUGACAGUAGUGACAGCAGUGACAGCAGUGACAGCAGUGACAGUGACAGCAGUGACAGCAAAUCAGACAGUAGUGACAGCAGUGACAGCAGCGACAGUAGUGAUAGCAGUGACAGUAGUGACAGCAGCGACAAUGACAGCAGUGACAGCAGUGAUAGUGACAGUAGUGACGACAGUAACAGUAGUGAUAGCAGUGACAGUGACAGCAGCGAUGGCAGUGACAGUAGUGACAGCAGUGACAGUGACAGUAAUGACAGCAGUGACAGCAGUGACAGUAGUGACAGCAGUGACAGUAGUGACAGCAGUGACAGUGCAUCUGACAGUAGCGAUGAAGGUGACAGCAAGAGCAAGGCUGGUAAUGGCGACAACAAUGGAAGUGAUAGCGACAGUAGCAGUGACAGUGAAGGCAGUGACAGCAAUCACUCAACCAGUGAUGAUUAGAACUAAGGAAAAACUCACAAGGCUCCUUUUGUGAAAAGUCUGGUGGGUAAUUAAUAGGAAAUAAAGAUCCAGGAUGUAAAGAAAGGAGAGAAGCAAAGAGAAGACACAUACACAACCACACAUUCACAGAUACACGGAGAUAGUCAAAUUGUCAGAUUCAGAACCAAGUCUCAACACCCUCAGAGGGAGAAUCUGACUGUGUACGUGCAUGUUAAAUAUAUUCUAAAAGGAUUUCUUUAAAAGUGUAAAUGUAAACACAGAAGAACAAAUAAAAUAUUCUUUAAUACUUUACACAGAAAACCUCAAGUAAUCCUCUACUAAGUAACUUCGAUUUUAAUGCCAAGUGCUUUAGAGAAGGUAGCAAGUAAAACUGUCUUAUAAACAACCUAUGGCACUGCCUUAAUCUUUCAGUAAUUACCUAUUAUGAAUAGAUGGUCUGCUUACCUGCUGAGUAAAGGAUGCUGUUACCAUUAUCUCCAGCUUGGCUACGAUUCAUUUGCUUGUUCUAAGGAAGAAAUACACCUCUAACAGGAAAAAAGUCACAGCAAUGAUUUAACUACAUGGACCAUGGGAAUAAUCCUUGUAAUUAGUGAAUAGAGUAAUUACAAAUUAUGGAAAUUCUGAGGCUCCCUUCUCACUAUGAAUCUCUUUAAUAAAGCCAACAGUUGCUGGUGGGUAAUGAUUUACAAACUACUCUUUUUUUAUUUGAGUCAUAUAUGCAGCUAAAAUCUGAACAUGGGUUCUUCAGAUUUUUGCCUGAAUGACGGUAGUUCUUCUUUCUGAGAUGAAGUCCUAACCUUAGAACGUGAGGGUCUUAAAAGUGUGUGAGCCUGGAGUGUAAUAUUUAAUAGAAUGGGGAUAAAAUGUAUCACCCAAACUAGGAUACCCUUGAGAGUGAAAGGGGUGUCAUGAAUAGUUACUCAGGGACAGGAGGUGUAAAUCUGACUUGUCUGGGGACUCUGGGAGAUACAGUGACAGUGGCUAUCAACUUCUGGGGUAUUAGUCAACAUUUAGCAGUGAUGAUUUAUAAUUUCUCUCUUUUUUCACUUAGGUAAUUAUCUUAGAUUUGUUCUAAUUUAAAGGUAAAAUUCUAUAUGGUGAAGUUUUUUGUUUGUUUGUUUUGUUUUGUUUUUGUCUUUCUAGGGCCACACCUGCAGCAUAUGGAGGUUCCCAGGCCAGAGGGGUCGAAUCAGAGCUAUAGCUGCAAGCCUAUGCCACAGCCACCACAACACCAGAUCUGAGCUGCGUCUGUGACCUACACCACGGCUUAGUACAACACUGGAUCCUUAACUCCCUAAGAGAGGUCAGGGAUUGAACCUGUAACCUCAUGGUUCCUAGUCAGAUUCGUUUCCGCUGCACCACGAUGGGAACUCCCCAUGAAUGAAACAUUUUUACUGUUUAUUUUCAACCAGUCAUUUAUGACAAUUUAUGUUCUAAUAUUAGGCAUAUUUUACACAAAGAGUUUCAGUAGGCUUCUUUUUUUUGCCUCCUUCUUCCUUUAUGCAAGAGACCAAUAUUGCAAGUACUAUUUCUAAAGGCUUUAAAAAUACUUCUUUUUAUAAACUACUUGGUGGCUCAUAAUAAUAUAAACACAAUCUAUAUAUCACAAUCACAUAAAUGACUCCAAAUUUCUUUCUUUAAUCUUUCAGUAAUUAUAUAUGCUCUAGAUUUUUAACUCCUUUAGGCUUCAGGGUUUUUUGUUUUCAUUUUCCCAUUUAUAAACUGUGGCUUCUAGGAACUGUCCCCCUAUUUCAAAAGGUUGUCGUGAGCACUAUGUCAGGCAAUGGAUGUGAAACUCUUUGUAAAUUAUAUGACAUGUAAAUUAGAGAGAUAAUUUUGGUGCUAUAAUAAACAUCUGUUUAUAUGACUUUUUCAA